AUGCUUUGGAAAGGAGAUCUGACAGAAUCCUGCCUUCUCUCCCUCUUACUGGUGUCCAGUGUGGCUGUGCUCAGUGCGGAAUACUCCAGCUGUGGAGAAAAUGAGUUUUAUAAUCUGACCAGCAGCAGCUGCCAACCAUGCCCACAAUGCCAACCUGGUCAGGAACCCUACAUGAACUGCGGCUACGGCACGAAAGAUGAGGAGUACGACUGUGUUCCGUGUCCUGCCGGAAAGUUCUCCAAGGGAAAGUAUGAAAUCUGCAGGCGGCACAAAGACUGCGACUCGCUGUACCGAGCAACAGUGCUGACGCCAGGGACUCCAGACAGCGACGCGGAGUGCGGCCCUUGUUUACCAGGAUACUACAUCUUGGAGAACCGACCACGGAACAUCUAUGGAAAGGUGUGUCACUCCUGCCAGAACGCUCCACCCAACACGAAAGAGUGCAUGAGAACUACGCCCGUGAUUGGGGGACGGGCUCCCGGAGUCCCAGCCAGCAGCACCACCAUCAUCCCGCACCCAGAGAAAGAUCCAACAGGGCAAGGUCACCUAGCAACCGCCCUAAUCAUCGCCAUGUCAACCAUCUUCAUCAUGGCCAUUGCCAUAGUGCUCAUUAUCAUGUUCUACAUUCUGAAGGCAAAACCCAGUGGACAAGCUUGCUGUUCUGGUCAGAUUGUGAAAACAGUGGAGGCCCAGGCAAACAAACAGGAGGACAAAAAAGAAGUCCAAGAGAAUGUUGUGAUAUUCACUGAGAAGGAUGAAUUUGACAAGCUGAAACCGAACCCUCCGAAAGCAGUGAAAAGCGAGAACGACGCGUCUUCGGAGAACGAGCAGCUCCUCAGCCGGAGCAUCGACAGCGAUGAGGAGGCGGCGCAGGAGAAACAAGGAGCUACGGACCUGUGUCUCCUCUCCCUGGUCCACCUGACCCGGGAUAAGACCUGCUCUACCCACACCAUCAACAACAACAACUGCAGCAGCAAGGCCACUGGGAUCCAGAGCCGAAGAAAAAAGAUCUUAGACCUGUACGCCAAAGCCUGUGGUGUUACCGAGGGUCUGAGCCCCACCGAGCUGCCUUUUGACUGUCUGGAGAGGACCAGUCGCAUGCUGAGCUCCACAUACAGCACGGACAAGGCGGUGGUAAAAACGUGGCGUCACUUGGCCGAGAGCUUCGGCCUGAAACGCGACGAGAUCGGGGGCAUGACCGACGCCCUGCAGCUGUUCGACCGCAUCAGCACGGCCGGGUACAGCAUCCCGGACCUCCUGACCAAACUCGUCAUGAUCGAGAGGCUGGACGCCGUGGAGUCGCUCUGCUCCGACAUCCUGGGAGGGUCCGAGGCGGCGUUGCCGACCGCGCCCUGCCCCGCCCUCACCUCGCGUUGCGCCAGCGUCUGA